GGAUUUUUAAGCUGCAUUUGCCUUGCUUCUUCUUCUCACAUAUACUCUAGCUUUCUACUUCUUCAGAUCUUGUUCAGAGUUUUCCAAAAGCUUUUUUUUUUCCCCUUAAUGAAAGUUUCUCGCAAAGUAUUUUCCAUGGAAACAACAGAUUCCUGGUGCUCUCUACUUGUCUAUAGACAAAAUAGACAGGUUUGAGCGUUUCUUCAAAAUUCUUUUGCUUCCUUGACCGCCUUAAAUUGAUAGCCCCACAUAAAUUAUAACACUGUUUAUUGCCCUCAUUUCUCGGCAACAAUGGAGGAGGAAGCUUGACAUCCUAAAUUAUCAUAGCACCCUCUCAGGAGCCCAAAGUUCCUCUUUUGUCUUGUUUCUGGCCUUGUGGGUCAAGGGAGCAUUGAAGAGGUGAAGCUAAAAUUACUCCAUUUAUUUUCACUUUCUGCCUGGAAGGUUUAUUACUCACAUUAUGCAGACUCCCAAAACAAGAAGUGGCUCUUCAGAAGUCCCACUGAAGGUCUCUCCUCGAGCAGCACGGCAACUGAAUAUAACGGCAUUAGAGUCUAAGUCUGCAUCUUCAUCAAAUCAAAUUUGUAGGACGCCAAAAGAGAGAAGCCCUAAGGUUGUAGAACGCAAGACACCCAGAAGCCCAGUGACUGAGAAGAAGCGACCAAGCAGAAUAUCUGAAUUGGAAUCUCAGAUUUCUCAACUUCAGGAGGAUUUGAAGAAGGCAAAGGAUCAAUUGAUUUCAUCUGAGUCAUGCAAGAAUCAUGCUCAGCAAGAUGCAGAGGAUUCCAAGAAGCAACUGUUGGCCAUGUCUUCAAAACUAGAGGAAUCCCAGAAGCAGCUUCAGGAGCUAUCGGCUUCUGAGGAAGCUCUCCUUAGUGAGCUUCAGAGGAUAUGCCAAGAGCAGGAUCAAUCAUGGCUGUCUGAGCUUGAGAAUGUGCAGAAGCAGCACUUGAUUGACUCAGCUGCCUUGUCAUCUGCCUUGAAUGAGAUUCAGCAGCUCAAGGCUCAGCUUGAAAUGGUAGCUGAAUCUGAGGCUGUGCAGACAAAGCAGACAGAAUCUACACAUGCUGAGCUCCAAAGCUUGAAAGGAAAUUUGAUAGAAACUCUUUCACUUGUGGAGGACAUGAAAAAACAGCUUAUGGAAAGCAAAGAAUCGGAAACUCGGGCCCAAGCAAUGGCCAGUGAAACUCUGGUUCAACUUGAAAUUGCUAAAAAAUCCGUAGAGGCUCUCAGGGCAGAUGCUGUGAAAGCCAUUGAAGCUUACAACUCAAUUGCUUCAGAAUUAGACCAGUCAAGAGCCCGUGUAAACUUGUUAGAAGGGCUUGUUAGCAAACUUGAAUCAGACCUGAAUAAUGCUGGUAGAAACCUUUCUCAAAAUUUUGCUCAUGAUCGUGAUUCAAAGCAAGACAUAAAAGAAAACCAAAAGACAACGGAAUUGGAACAGCUUGAAGGGGAGCUUCAUUCUUUAAAGUCAGAGGUUGAACGUUUAAGAUCAUUUCUAGAAAGUAGUGAGACCAAAUUCCAUGAAGAACAAAUCAGGAGCACAGUGCAAAUUAAAAGUGCUUAUGAGCAGGUGGAGCAGAUAAAAUCUAGGACAGGACUAAGAGAGGCGGAACUGGAAGCUGAGCUGGAGAAAACAAAAUUUGACAUUGAAGAGAUGAAAGCAAACCUGAUGGAUAAGGAAACUGAAUUGCAGGGAAUUUCAGAGGAGAAUGAAGGGCUGCGUAUGAAACUUGAGAAAAACAUAUCAAGCCAUAGAGAAUCAGAACUGGACAAUGAUGUCAGGAAACUUAAGCAAGCUGUGGCAGAUUUGAAGGCAGAUCUAAUGGAUAAGGAGACAGAAUUGCAGAAUAUUUCAGAGGAGAAUGAAACGCUGAAGUUGGAAAUUAGCAAAAGGGAAAUGAACACACAUAAAGUGAAUAUCGAUGUGGAUGCUGAACUAGCAGCAGCUAGGGCUGCAGAGCGAGAGGCUCUCAUUAAGCUUGGACUGGCAAUGGAGGAGGCAGAUAAGAGUAACAGGAGGACCGCAAGAGUAACUGAGCAGCUUGAGGCAGCACAGGUGGCAAAUGCUGAAGCAGAAUCAGAGUUGAGAAGGCUAAAAGUGCAGUCUGAUCAGUGGAGGAAGGCUGCCGAGGCAGCUGCUGUUAUGCUUUCAGGAGCAAACAAUGGGAAAUUUAUGGACAGAAGUGGCUCAUUGGACAGCAACUAUAAUCAUGUCAAGGGAAAAAUAAGCCCACCAUUUUCUGAAGAUACUGAUGAUGACUUACUGAAGAAGAAAAACGGAAAUGUGCUAAAGAAAAUUGGGGUGUUGUGGAAGAAACCACAGAAAUAGAAACAACACAACAGAUAAUGAAGUGAAAAGGAGCCCUCUCCAAAUACUCGUAUUAGUAGUGUGGUGACAAUACUUCUAAACUUAUCCUAGUAUUUUUUUUUUUUUUUUUUGGGGGUGCCUAGACAUGGAUGCUUUAUAUUUAUUUUAGCGUGCAUAAUGUAUUAAUAUGCCAAAACUGGAGUUUCACAUGCUUGGGAUUAUAUAAAAAUAUGUAUGUUUUAAGUAA